UCCAGAGUCCCAGAGGAUUCUGGGCAGUUCCUGUGUAGCCACUGUGCGUCUGGAGCGUCUGAGGAUCAAACUUGACCCCGGACAGUCAGUUGCCCUGUCAAUGGUACCGCCACUGGUGUCUUUGGUGUCACUGUUACGCCAACCACACUCAGUGUUGCUGACUGAGGACGCUGCGGCGCCUCUGCCGGCAGUCAUUACCCCAGAGGAGCAUGUCCAACAGACAGGGUCCAGUCUGGAUUUCCAGCAGAGUUCAACAAACAGAGAAGAGUCAUCUGGAUCAGAACCAGGGGCCUCAGGGAUGGAGCCAACACAAAUACAGGGGCCUCUCUGGACUGAACCACCACACCCUCAGGAGAGACCUGCACCCCCAUUGCCCCCUAUAGGAAAAGCACCAGAAUCAGAUCUAGUACUCGACUUGGAGUCUGAAUGUGAAUCUGAAUUGGUUCCAGGUCUGAAAUCUGGCUCAGAUUCACUGGAAAUGGAAUCAGACCUGGAGCCAAAGUCAGAACUGAAUCUGUCAAUGGAGUUAGACCCAAAGUCGGAAUCAGAAACAAAACUGGAAUCUGAUUGGGAGCCUGCAGAUGGGGAGGACAGUGAGGGGGGUCAUGUGGGGCAGUGUGCACCUAUCGAUGGGUCUAUAGUGUCCCAGGAGCAGCCUGAGAACGAGAAAGGGGCAGCAGGGAUGGAGAGUGAGGAUUUCUGUGCGGUGUGCUUCAAUGGGGGCGACUUGCUGUGCUGCGAUGGCUGCCCUAAGGUCUACCACCUCUCCUGCCACAUACCACCCCUCCGAAGCUCCCCGCUGGGCGACUGGGUGUGCACAUUGUGCCGGAGUGACCAAGACCCUGGGGUGGGCUAUGACUGUGAGACCAUACAUCCCUCGACAGACCACCAGGGGGCAGGCACACCAUACACACUGUCCAGUCUGGACCAAAGAAGGUGUGAGAAGCUGACUCUUCUGUUGUCCAGCCACGUCCUCAGUGCUCCAUUCCAGGAGCCUGUCAGCCCACUGGCUCGUCAUUACUACCAGAUCAUUAAGAGGCCGAUAGACCUAUCAGUGAUCAGGAGGAAGCUAGACCAGAGGAACACUCUUCACUACUUCACAGCCCAGCAGUUUGUGGACGACGUCCUACUCAUGUUCAGGAACUGUGCAACUUUCAAUUACCCGGACUCUGAGGUCGCCAACGCAGGUCGUAACCUGGAGGUGUUCUUCCUGUCCAAGCUGAGGGAGGUGUUUCCCAGCCAAGCCUUCCCCACGCUGACCCAGGACAGAGCGAACAGGAACAGUCUCGCUUGGCUGAACAGGACAAGGAGGGACUACCACAGGAAGAAGAAACGAGGUCACUUCCUUGACUUCUGAGGUGGUCUGGUGUAAUGUUGUAUGGUGGCAAAACAUCUCACAUAGUUGUAUAUUUUUAAUAUUAAUUAAACCUUWGUCUGGCUAUAUCUAAAUACAUUUUUUAUAAUCAAGGAAUGUAGACAUAUGGGAACAUUUUAUUCAGAAUUUGUGUUUUACAGUCUUGUCAAAUUUGAAGUGAUUAAAUGUCUUUAUUAAACAUUUAGGGGCCAAUUGAAUCCAUUGAUGGCCACCAGAUUAUCGCCAUCUGAUCUUUUGUUAAACCAUCAAUACUGAUAAAAUCAUGCACACAGUGAUCUUAAUUGCAACUAUUAUUGGCCACCGAUUUACUGCUCCGUGAAGCGGAUGUCGGAGUUUACUCUUAGUCCUGAUUGCUGCCAUCAUUUUUUCAAGACUAUUUCACUUUCUGCUGGUUUUAUCAUCGGAACAAUUGAAUCCUGCUAUUAUAGCAAUUUAUCUAUUUGACAAUCAUUCCGUACAACUGAAAUAAACUAUUCAUUUUCCUAGUUUACCACUUGGUUGAAGAUGGGAAGGUAACGACAACGGCGUCACAAUAAUGUGGAGGUUCUACCACUCUGAAUCAACCAUGGGACCAGCUCAAGAGUUGUAGCUAUGCUGCCUAGGCAGCAAAAAGACUACAACCAUCUAGCCAGCUAGCUAACGUUAGCAUAUGAGAUCAGUGGCGUCUAUUCAUGGUUGCCAAGGGAAGCCAGGUUUCCCCAAAAAAUUG